GGUAGCGCUUGCCAAACUGGAAGAUGGGCCAGAUGAUGGAGGCCGUCAAGUACAUGAUGUCCGUCAAGAGGCCGCAUGCUGACAGAAAACGUCAGAAGGGAACGGGCAGUCAGCUGGUGCACUCGGCCACGCACAACAGCACCAAGACCAUGGUUCGGAUGAAGCAGACACAGUAUACCACCAUGCACCAUUGGAGCCCCACAAGCCACUCGUCCGCCUCAAGAUCACUAACCAGAAUGAAGAUGACGCACGUCAAAUACCUGGCACACCUUCAACAAGCCCGGUGCUGUCGCAAUGUAACCUGUCACCUCACCAGAUUGUGCUCUUGUCAUGCGCACCUCUCCUAUUUAGUCCGCCGGACUGUGGAGGCGUUGCGGCAGUUGCGCACCUCGUUGUUGUAGCUGCGCUCCCUCAUUAAAUACAGCGGAAUGAUGACGGAAGCGGAGAGACAGAAAAGGGCGGUGUAGCAUGCCACCGUGACAGGCAAGUUGUACCAGGUCACAGGAACGUGUCUCUGCAGGCCCAGAAGCUCCACCAGCAAAACCUUGACUCAAUGGCCCCAGGUAAUGUACUGAUGAUGUGUCCUGAUGCUUGAUGAUGGUCACCUUGCCACACUUUGUACACCCCUGAAUUAACGUGAACAGCAGCUCCAAAAAGAUUCACAAGACCAUCUGAACAUUGACCUUACCGAUAUGUGGUUUCCGAACGUUAUCUUUGGAUGUGGACUGCACUAAUUUCCUCAAAGGCGGUUUGGCAUAGCAGCACAUGCUCUACAAAAGAGAACACCUAGCGCAUCAGGCUAUGGUUGGUCAAAAAGAGUCUCGUUGGAGUUCUUCUCUUAAUUCCUCAGCAACUAACGCAGCUCGCUUCACUUCCUGGUUGCUGGAGAGCACUUCUUCAUCCUCAUCUUCACGUACUCGUGCACGUUGAUCAGCGCGGAAACCAUGCUGGUUCCUCCCCAUUGUAUCCUCAAGGGGGCGCUGGCGCCGAAUAGGCAGCAAGGAUAAAAAACAAAACAAGCUGUUCCUUUUGUCACCAUUUGGGAUUGAUGCCGCUUGUCGUUCCUGCCGUCAGAUGUCAGACUAACGUGUGUUUUUUUUUAGUGCAACACAAAAGAGAAGCGUCUUUGUUGUAACCCUUGCAUGGCCGAGGAUGACUUCCACUGAAAUCGCAGCUAGCAUCUUUAACCACUGAACUGGAUCCACUGACUAGACUGUACAGGACACUCACCUGCCUGCUACUGUUUUCACGCUUUUAUGAAACAGCGUCUGGAUGUCCAUGCAUAUCCUGUUAGUUGGCGAUCUUCUACAGUAGAAGCUUGCUGGUUUUCCCGAAACCCGCGCAUAGAGCGCAUUGGGCGGCCGCAGCACUCAGGCAAUGAUGCGGCUCGACAUCGGCCCAGCCGCAAAGCCACGGUCAGCCAGCUAACGCUAGCUACACGAAGCAAGCAGCGGUAAAUGGUUCUACGGAGUCCCAAGCGUGUGAUGGUUAAAUUGUACCUUUUGCACUUUUAUUCGUUGACUUGUGGUAUGUUAGAGUGUGAAAAAGACACAUACAUCGCAGAUAUAGAACACAGAGCAGUGCCCAACGUUGCUAGCUAGCUAACUAGCUUUGUUUGUUUACGAUGUGCUGCUCAAUCUAACAAAGAUUUUAUUUGACACGUUAUUGCCAACCUAUGUUGUUUGUACUGACUGACUUUAACUAAUGACACGAUUUUCAAAUCUCCAUGUCAAAUUUGAACAAAGGUUUUAAAUUUUAACUAAAAGAGGGACACGUGAUUUGUUUUAGGCUACAAGUACUGUACGCUGCGCAGGUAGACUUUUUCGUAAAGGUGGUGAAAAUGACCAGGGUGCUGAAAUCGUUUUAAUGUCAGUGGUCUUAAGCAGCAUAUAAAUAGACUUUAGAUUGCAGCCAUGCUCUUUGGGCCUGCUGAGGUGGACAUGAGCGAGCAUCCUAUGUGAUGUCAUGCAACUCAGCAUGUGGACCGACAAGAUGAAGAUGGGAACACCAACGGCCCAGUGACUGCAGGCAUGAGUCUCCGCCAGCCCACCUCCACCCUUGACAGCCCCUUCGCCGCUUGGCUCAGUAGUCUCACCAUCGGAGACUCGGAGCGGAAGUCCUCUCAAGUCGCCCAGCAGAGGGAACCACAGACCGACGUACCAAAUGAGAGUGGGGGCGCCGGCCUCGUCCACAGAUGUGUGGUAGUGCAGAAGGACCAGUUGGGUUUCGGUUUCACCGUGUGCGGAGAACGCGUGAAGCUAGUGCAGAACGUGAGAGCAGGCGGUGCAGCUGUCAAGGCCGGAGUCCAAGAAGGAGACCGAAUCAUCAAGGUGAACGGCUCGCUCGUGUCCUCCAUGACACAUCAGGAGGUGGUGAAGCUCAUCAAAUCUGGAACCUACGUAGCGCUCACACUACAAGGGCCGCCACCUUCAGCGACCUCCUUGCCUCUGGAACCCCUCCCUGCUGACCUCACACCCAAUCAGAGUACGUUACCAGGCGGGGAGGCUCCACCCCCUGCACCUUCACUUUCAGGACUGAGCGGCAUCUCUUCCCAAAGAAUAACUGGACCCAAGCCACUCCAGGACCCAGAGGUGCAGAAGCAUGCCUCUCAGAUACUCAGGAAAAUGUUGGAACAAGAAGAGAUGGAGCUGCAGGUCUUGAUGCAGGAGCAGUUGCGGAACCCGUCGUCAUCUUUGGAAGAACGAAUUGAAAGUGCCAAAAGGAGAGCUCAGCAAGUGCGCAUCAAGCUUCAACAGGACGUGGAGGGAAUGCGCUCGAAAAGUGUGUGCAGCUACAUCACGGCAGGCGAAGCAGUACGCUUGUCGCUGGACUCGAAUGACGGUGACGGUGAGGCCCUUGACAGUCCCCAUUCCUCUCCCUUAUCCUCCGUCCGGAGCCUUCUGUCCAGACAGCAAAGCUCAGAUAUACCCCUCCCGUCUGAUUCGAGCGGGAAGGUCCAGAUCAUCGGGCCAGAGGAGGAAGACGAGGAAGAGGACGGCUACACGUUCAAUGAGAUGGAUGGCCCUUUCCAGGACAUUGAGCUGCUGAAGUCGCGGCCCGCCCACAUGACCGUUUUCAUGAGAUACGUCUUCACUCAGCUGCUGGACCCCAACCCGUUGCUGUUCUACCUGACGGUUGAGGCGUACCUGAGCUCGGCCCCCAAAGAUGCUCGCUCACUGGCUCCGCAGAUCUGCUCCCAUUUCCUGGAUCCAGAUGCUCCUUUGAAGAUCAAAGUGCCGGAAGAGUACCUUGCAGACAUUGAAAGCCGCCUGCAUGCUCAGGAGGACAUCCGCGGGCCGCUGUCCGAGCUGCAGCAGCAGGUGCUCCCCGACAUCCAGGAUCAGAUUGUGGACUACAGGAGCAAGCAGAUGAUGGGCCUGGGUGCUCUCUUCGGCGAAGGUGACCUGCUGCUGCUGGACGGAGACCCACUGAAGGAGCGGCAGGUGGUUGACAGGCAGGUCACCGCCCUCUGGGAAAUUCUGUCCAAGCACGUUGAGGACAGAAGCUCUCCGCUGGCGUCGGCCGUGCUUCUCUACCUGCGUCACGCUGGUGUCAAGCUCCGAGACUCCAAGGUGUUCCCUGGUUUGAGCACGGAGAAGGAAAAGUGGCUCAUGUUCCUCAAGACAAAAAAACUAAGCGGUACAAAGAAGGAAAAAGACGGGGAGGACAAAAAGAGGAAUCCCAUCCUGAAGUAUAUUGGGAAACCUCGGAGCACGUCUCAGUCCACAUUCCAUGUCCCCUUGUCCCCAGCUGAAGUCCGUCCUGGAAGCGUGAGGAACAUCAUUCAGCAGUUUGAGAACCACUCAGAGACUGGGCCCGAAGAUGGCAACCCUCAGAUACUGUCGUCUAGCAGCCGGGGGGAUGAUGGUGUGGACAGUCCAAGUGUGCCCGUGCGUCUAGCGCGCAGUGAGUCUUUGAAGGCUCAGGGAGAAGGCCGUAGGCGAGGCAUCGCUUCAGGAAGUGAGUCCGUUCCCCGCUCUCGUAGCGAUGUGGACAUGGAGGACCCCGGUGAGGAGAGGGAGCUCCCUGGCCUCAGGCUACUGCAGCACAGCGCUUCUUCGUCUGUGUCUAGCAGCUCCGCCAGGUCUCUGGAGAACCCUACACCGCCGUUCACGCCACACUCCAUCCGCAGGAGCACUGAGUCUCCUUUGGCCCUGCUGCCGGACGAAGAAGAGGCAUGCGAGGGUCAGAACUGGCAGGAGACGGUGCAGGCUGAGCUCAUUGCCACGCUAAGCCCAAGGGAAGUGGAGCGUCAGGCUGUCAUAUACGAGCUCUUCACCACCGAGGCAUCGCACAUGCGGACAUUAACAGUGCUGGACCAGGUCUUCUUCCAGAAGAUGAGAGUAGUGCUCAGCUCUGAAGAGCUGGCUUGCAUCUUUCCCAACCUGCCACAAGUCUAUGAGCUGCAUGCCAGCCUGUUUGAGGCCAUGAGGAAGCGCCGGGAGUCUCUCAUCGUUCAAGACAUUGGUGAUGUCAUGUUGGCCAGGUUUGAGGGCGUUGCCGGCGAUGAGUUUCAAGAGCAGGUGUCGCAGUUGUGCAGGCAGCAGUCUCAGGCACUGGAGCUCAUCAAGAACAAGCAACGCAAAGACCCACGCUUCGCCCACAUUGUCCAGGAGUGUGAGGCGAGUCGUCACUGUCGCCGCCUGCAGCUCAGAGACCUGCUGGUGUCUGAAAUGCAGAGACUGACUAAGUACCCGCUUCUUCUGGACAACAUCAUCAAGCACACAGAGGCUGCCUCCGGUGACCUUUCUGCCCUCCAGCGGGCGCAGGUCUGUUGCAGAGGAAUCCUGCAAGCAGUGAACGAGAUCAUCAGGGAGACAGAACACCAGCAGCGUCUGAGCCAAUACCAACGUAGACUGGAUACUGCGCCACUGUUCAAGAGUCUGGACCUCAGCACCAAGAAAAUGAUUCACGAGGGACCACUGGUCUGGAAAGUCGGCAAGGACAAGCAGUUAGACAUCCAAGCCCUGCUGUUGUCAGACUGCCUGCUGCUGCUGCAGCGCGGCCCAGACGAGCGUUUGCAGCUGCGGCCCCCGUCCCGCUGGCUGGGUGGUGGUGGUGCGGGCGGAGACAGCAAGACGUCCUUCAGCCCGCUGGUCAAGUUGGACUCGCUGCUGGUGCGCUCAGUCGCCACAGACAAUAAAGCGCUCUAUGUUAUCUGCGCCACCGAGAGGCAGAUCUAUGAGCUAGUGGCGGGGACGGCGUCUGAGAAGAACAUCUGGAAGGACCUAUUGGAAAAAGCUAUCUCCGCUGCCAGCUCCCCUCUUACCAAUCACAGCUCAGCGGCCAUGACAUCUCCAAGUCUCGGUGGCAUGUCCCCUGUGGCCCAAAGCCCUGCCUAUGCAGAAAAUGCCAUGAGUUUGCAGUCCGACAGCCAGACCUGUGGUGAAGGAGGCACAGUAGGUGUGGCACAGGCUGCAUUGCAGGACGUGGAGACGCUGCGACAGCUCAUCUUAUUUGACCUGCGCGAUGAUGCCUUGUGCCACUCGUCUCUCGACACACCUAAUGAAAGGAGCAGUGUUAGUGACAGUCACGGGGAGGUGGAGCUACACGGUGGCGCUCAGGUUGUAAGAAAAGGUAACAGUCAUAUCUUUUUUUUUUUUUCCUUUUUCCUAAUGUGCACUCAUUCUCCUCACGUGUACAUGCAUGCUCAUACAUACGCGUGCGCGCGCACACACACACGACCUCCACAUACUGUAGCUUUGGUGGCGGGCUCUUCUUCUUCUGUCCUUAAUUACGUUACAGAUGAUGUCACAAUGGCAUCUGAGCAGUCAUCGCUGCCAAGCCGGCCCACCGCGCACGGAAACAUCUUCUACCUGGUCCUGCCCACUCAGCAAGGAGAGAGUGCCACCGACGACCUGGAGGGCAGCCCGCCGUCAGAGGAUUUGCAGCAGUGCCACGUGAUCAAAAACGUGGAGGAGAUAUUCAGCAUCAUGGAAAACCUGAUGAGCAAGCUGCGGCAGCUGAAGGACAUUGAGAAGGAGCAUCACAAACUGCUAACAUCCCUCAGAGAGCCAGCAGCCGAUCAUGAAGAAGACCAGGCGUUCUGUUCUGCCUCAGUCUCCAGGACAGCCUCUCUGGAGCGUGGCUCGGCAGACGGCAAUGAAGAAAGCCCCCCGCAGCCCAAGAUACAGUCCACUGGAUUCUGAGGUCCAGACUGGGAAGAGACUUAGUGGAACCACGUCUGCCCAGUGACCUCUUUUGAAGAGCAACAAUCACUCCAGCACUUUACCCACAAUGCAUCCCAAUAGUCCCCUCCCACUUUCAGCCGACUGACUGUGUUGGAAUUCUUCAGGGCUAGCAUGUCUUAGGCCACGCCCACUACUGACUGAGCGCUGUCUUUUAACCACUACAGCUGCUGCAUAUCUUAGGUUAGCAUCAAGACAUCAUGGGAGGCUAGGCUAAGCUAACCGCUUUUGUUGGACGUAAAGGAAUUAGCCAGUAGGCCACUAAGGGGCGUACCAAAGUCAAAGCGAUGACAGGAUGUGAUUGGUCUACAACUGUCACAUUCUACUUCCACACAUCUUACUUCUACUCGCCCAUUGACACGGCGACUUUUUUCUUGUUUGUUUUUUUUAAGUGUUCCACAAGCGAAAUUACUGUAUGAACUCACGUGUGUGUGUGUCUGUGUGUGUGUGUGUGUGUCUGUGUUUGUGUAUAUGUGUUAAACUAAUGUCAUCGACAUGUUUUCUAUGUUGUCUUCCUUGGUUGUGAUUGGACAAGGAUGAUGUCACUUUGUGACAUUAAAAGGAGACCAUAAACUUGA